AAAAUAUAAAAAAGAACAAACAACCGGUAAAUAUGUCAAUCGCGCGAACGCCGCCGUAUGACGUUCGGCACAGACAAGGCCGGACUUAUGCCCACUAUGCGUGUAUAUAUGUUUCUGGUACCUACCUCUACGCUGGACGCACGUAGGCCUCGCCGUGUAACCGGCAUAUAUAUAUACGCACGCCAACUCUUACCGAUAUGGUCAUACGACUUCCCACUGCGAAACGAUAAUAAUAUAAUAUAUAGGACCGUGGCAGUAGUUACCAAACGAUUACGACAAUCGUAUCACAAUAUACCUAACCUAACCAAUAUAGGUACCUACGUUUAUUAUUGUUUUUAAACGUUUGGCGUUUAUUAGAAGGUCCCUCCCUAUAUAUGUGUACUUAUACUUACGAACUUCCUCGACCGUCCGACUGCAACCGCGGUCGUCGUCGGCGCUCGUUUCGGUGAACUGAAGCAGACCGGGCAUGACUGGUUUUGAGAACUCCUGAACGCGUUGCGUCUGAUUAGAAUAAUAAUAAUAAUAUGUCGUAUACGACUUGGGACCAUAUUUUAGACGACACUCGUGAUUUGACCGGCACACUAGCGUGUCUAUAUUGAAGAGCUUGAUGAAGUUUUCAACCAGUUGUCCAAGAAAUCAGCAGAGCCACCCGGAAAGCUUACGACGAACUGGCCACCAAACCGUAGCAGUAAUGAAGCAGAUAAAGACGAUCGCUGCAGCGCAGAAAAUGGCAACUACUUGACGGAUGACUUUGGUGGUCGGUUCAAUGACGUUAUACUAGAAUUGCAAUUACCAGAACGGAUUGUUUGCCAGGCAUGUGCUGAAGGAAUAGACGAAAAAGUGUAUUUCGGUGAUAACUGCGGCAGUGGUGUUUUUUCUGACAACAUGCGUUACCGCCUGUCGCCAACCAAACGAAAACGGUGUCGUUCCCGAUCUUUGGAUCAAAGUAGCCUACAAUUACCAGACUGCUAUGAAGACAAGUCAGCUGUGCUGCUCAAAGUCAAGGUACUCAACACCACUCCACCUGCGCCUGUUCGCAGGUCGUCUCUUAACCGAUUUCAAACAAUCAUCGCACAACAACAGAAACAGUUUGAACGACAGGACAGCAACGGAGGUCCCCACCUGGAAGUGGCUACUCAGACGUCGCCAACUUGUAGUAUGUCUUCGAGCUUCACGUGGUUCUCUGAUCGUUCAGACACGGGUAACUGUUCUUCAGCUGAAGAAGAAGCCGUGACACCGUGUAGUUCAACCGACGAUUCGGUGACCGACCACCUCAUCAGUUGUGGAUCUUCCACCGAGUCGUCGGUCACCCCUCCUGGACGGUCCGACGAACCCGAGUCCGGUAUUGGAACUGCAUCGCCACCACACCAUCGGUAUUCGAAAUCGGGAAACCAGAAAUGCAGAAGUAAAGAGACGUGGGAGAGGCUGCAGAGACGACACGCCGACCGUCGGGCGACCAUCAAAUACAUAGAACAACCGGUGUGGGUACCCCCCACAGUGGAAAAUAUAAACGACCAAUAUCAUCGUCCAGCAACGCGACCGAAUCGGUUGCCUUUGACCAGUGAAUCCGGAUUUCCAGUGAAAAACGUCACCUCUUACGAGUUGCCCAGCCCGACAGCUGUUUCGUUGGACGGCAGCGGUGGUGGAGAAGUCACCCAAGAAUUGGCGGGUGCCUGCAAAAGCUCGUCUGCUCCACAUCUCAUAAAAUCCACUCAGACACUGCCUCGCAGGACCAAAUAUACAAGCGAAUCGGAGGAUUGGAACCAUCACAAAUGUCACUCGGAACGAUACUUAGCAGAAAUAGAAGCCAAAGAAGCGUGUAAAUGGCUAAGGGCCGCCGGAUUUCCACAGUACGCGCAAAUGUAUGAAGAUUUGCAAUUUCCCAUAGACGUGAACGGCGUACAAAAGGACCAUCCGUUUCUAGACCUAGACUCGUUACAAUCGUUGUUCAGGAGACUGCACGCUCUGAACCGUUGCGCAAACAUGAAAUUGGAUUUUGUGCCAAAACACGCAGGUGACGACUCGGACUCCGAGGGGGAAUGCGCGCUGAGCGAGAACUGGACGUUCCAGAGGGAGUCGAGGAGGUGGUCCAGGGUGGACGACAUCGUCAACACGGCGGUGAUGCUUCAGCAGCAGUUGCAACCGUCGUCGCUCGUCGACCACCAUCAGCAGCAGCAAAACCAUGACCUCCAAUCAUCGCAACAGGGCGUUGGGGGCAAGUUUGGAAGUAAUGCGAUGCCACAGCCACCGGUGCAGUCGGCCGAGCAGCUUCAGGCGGCGGCUGCAGCGGCGGUGGCGGCCGAUGCGUCGGACGCGGCACUGAUCUCGCGAUUCCGGCGGUCGGGCAGCGAGCGGAUCAGGGACGGGGCCAAAGCCAUCCUGCGCCGGGUGGAGAGCCUGAAGACGAGACGUCGGAAACAGCGCAACCGCGACGGUGUAGUCAUCGGUUCACCGCAGAUCAUAGACAUGGCUUCGAUGCAACAACGGAUGAAGGAACUUAACUGCGUGGACGUGACACCGCCCGAUUCACCGGUGACCGACGACCACAUUAAGGCCAAACGGUUCUUGGCCAAACCCGAGUCGCUGGACUCCCUGGCAUAUUCCGAUUCAGAACUGUCGUGGAGAAACGAGUACACGGACGCCAACAGCAAUAACACCAAGCCACUGCUGGAUUUCAUGGCCUUUGACGGGAGCAACGAAUUCUCAUCUCCCAAUGGCAGUCAAGACAGCCGCACGUACAAAAACAAAUACAACGACAGCGUGGAUUCGGUUUCGAGCGCAGUGCAAGACAGCGAUCAAGAUCUAACCAUCAAAUCAAAGGGGUCAGUUGUUCGGUGGCAUAGUUUUCAAAAGACCAAACAUCGGCCUAAUGCCUUGGCCGGACAAAUGGUCGGGUCGCUCACGGUUGGUCAGCUGUUGGUGUUGCGGAAGUUCGCUCUUCUCAAGCUAACUGCCAUCAUGGAACGGUAUUGUCCGACACACCGGACCGGAUGGAACUGGGAAUUGCCCAAGUUUAUGCGCAAAACCAAAAUGCCCGAUCCCAAAGAUAAGACUGUUUUCGGAGUUCCGCUGAUCGCCAACGUGCAAAAAUACGGUUCGGCACUGCCGCCGUUCGUCCAGUCCGCUUUUCGGUGGCUCGAAGACAACGCUCUCGACCACGUGGGGUUGUUCCGGAAGCCUGGCGUCAAAUCCCGAAUACAGCGUCUAAAGCAACUGGCCGAAGCCGAACCUGAGGACGUGAAGUUCGAAAACCAUCAGGCCUACGACGUGGCCGACAUGGUAAAGCAAUAUUUCCGUGAGUUACCGGAGGCCUUGCUUACCAACAAACUGUCCGAGAGUUUCAUCGCCAUUUUUCAACACGUUCCGGUGUACUUGCAAAAGGAAGCAGUCCAUUACACGGUGCUGCUGUUGCCCGACGAACACCGCGAAGCCCUGUUCGCGCUGCUCGACUUCCUGUUCCGGGUGUCGUCCAGGAGCAACGUGAACCAGAUGUCCGCCAGCAACCUUGCCGUGUGUUUGGCCCCGUCGCUGUUCCACCUCGGGAACGCCGGUUCCUGGUCGUCGUCGCACCCGCACGGCGGCUCGGCCGGCGGGUCAACGCCGUCCAGCCCGGUCACGUCCCACAAUCGUUCGUCGUCCGUGUCGCCACGCCGGAACCACCAUCAGACGUCUGCAGGCUCCGCCGCCACCAUCGGUCUGCCCGACUCCAAGCAGCUGGGACAGAACAAGGCAGCGCACGACUGCUUGCUGUUCCUCAUCAAGCACUACCGUCAACUGUUCGCCAUGUCAGAUGACGUCAUGAGUCAGUGUCACUUCAGCUAUAUGGACGAAAGCAUACCAAUAAGCCUGGAAGAACUAGGUGCGGAAAUGGGCCACGACUGGAGAGGAUACCUGAACGUGUGUACGUCGGCGUUGCUUAAAGAAGCCAAAGACAAGAACAGGGGAUGGAUGGCCGUGGGCAGUUUCGAGAACGUCGACAUAUCGUACAAGAAGGUCGGCGACGGACACCCGUUGCGGCUGUGGCGGGUGUGCACGGAAGUAGAGGCGCCACCCGCCGAGGUGCUCGCCCGGAUCCUGUGGGAGAGGCACGUGUGGGACGCCGACCUGGUGUCGGCCAGGGUGGUGGCCAAGAUGGACGCUCGCGCCGACCUGUACCAGUACUCGGUCGCGGCGAUGGCCCCGCAUCCGGCCAAGGACUAUUGCGUGGCCAGGUCGUGGCGAACCGAUCUCAACCGCGGCGGUUGCGCGGUCGUCGAGACGUCCGUCGAACACCCGGACGCCAAGCAGCCGGCGGCGGGCGCGGUCCGUGGAAUCGUGCUCGCCUCCAGAUACCUGAUCGAACCGUGUGGUUCGGGCCGGUCCCGAGUACUGCAUUUGUCGCGAGUCGACACAAAGGGCAGGACGUGCGAGUGGUACAACAAGAUAUACGGAUACAUCACUUCCAAAUAUUUGUCGGCGAUACGAAAAUCUUUCGAACACUCUGCCGACGGCCCCGAGAGCAAAGUAUGACUCGGGCGCCGAUUAUUAUUAUUGGUUUUGUUUUUUUAAAUAUAAUAUUGUUAUUGUUAUUAUUUUUUUUUUUAUUAUUAUUUACGGCACUUAUUCUCCGUGACUUGCCCGGAGAAAAAUGUCGGCCCAGUGACCGAGAAUCGAAACCGCGACCGGCAGACGCCUUAGACCGCUCGGCCACCUCCUCCCCCGACAAUUGUUAUUAUUAUUAUCGUUAUUUAAUCGUUCUCCCGCAAACGAUUCCCGCGCGUCUGCGUCGACACAAUAUAAUAAUAUUGUCAUAAUAUACCAUUAAUAAUAAUAUCAUUUUAUUAAUUAUUAAUAGGUACCUAUGUAAUAUAUUAUUCAAUAUAAUAUUGUACAUAAUAUUGUUAAGUGUUAUGUGAGUGUUAUACGAUAAUCGGACGACGAGUCGCGAUAAACGCGUUCAAAUAUUAUAUAUUUGUAUCAUUGUAUUAUUAUAUAAUUUUUUCAUUAUUAUCAUAUUAUUAUUAUUAUCAUUAUUUUAUUUUGAAUGUUCUAACUGUACACAAUAUUAUUAUAAUAUAAACUAGACCGCGUUGUUACAAAACAGUAGACUGAUCGGGGUACGUGUAUGCACGCGUGCCCCUCCCCCCCUUCCGACCUCCUAGAAAACACAAAACUCAUAUCGGUUUUUUUUUUUUUUUUAAUGAAUUUGUAAAGGUUAUUAUUACGAAUUAUUUUUUGCUUACGAAUAAAAACACCGACGCAGUGAUACGACGCUACUAUCGGUAGUAUUAUUAUCGUUAUAAUAAUAUUAUAUAAUAUCGUACACGCGAAACUGUGUGCGGUGUCGGUACAAUAACUGCAGAAAAACGGUGCAAUCAAAACAGGGUAUAGUUUUCGAUUGUAUUAAAAAAAAAAAUUAAUUCGCGUACCAAUUAAAAAAAAGUUCCUAUGAUGUUAUUAUAUGAUUUAUAUUGUACAACGACAAUAUUAUUAUAUUAUGCAAUGACCGAUAUUCAGAUCAUUCGACUAUAUUAUUAUAAUACCGCGAUUUGACUUAUUACUCCUACCUAUUACACUCCGCGUAAUCCAAAAACGAUAUCUGCACGGACGACAAACGCUGUUUUAAAAUUUUAAAAUUCAAAUGUCGACAACGGGACCAUAAUAAUAAUAUAUUAUUGUUGAUUUAUGCCGAGAGUAAAUAAACACAUCACAUUAUAUUAUUAUAAUUUAUGAUAGACAUUUUACUUAAUUUUUAAGCGUUUUAAAUGUAUAUUUUACCAUUUUAUUUCUUUUUUAUAAUUAUAAUUAUUAUUAUUACU